UUUAAAGCGAUCUUGUUCGAUCCAUCUUUGAUCCCCAAAGUUUUCAUUUUUAAUAUAUUAGUUGGAGAAUAUUAAAACCAGUGAUUUUCUGGGGCUUUGAUUGGAUUAAGACACGAUCGCAGAAAGUAGAAUCAGUCGUGGAAGAAGGGAAGGGAUAUUCGAAACCCUAAUUUCGAUCGUAUCCCCCAUCUUCUACGAAAGACAUCGAUUGAAUCCAAAACGAAAACGAUAGUUUGAAAUCAAAGUUUCAAUUUUUUCUUCUUCUUCUUCUGGGUUUCGACCUGAUGGGUUUCUUGAAGAAGUUAACGGGGAUUUUCGGGUUCGGGCACAACGAUGCUGGGCACGGAGUUGCUGCGAGAGAUGAAGAGGGUGACGUCGGAGAUAACUCUAGAACAGUCUCUGAGGACGGAGAUAGACGCCGGGAGGAUAAUCAGCCAAGGUUCCGUGAAACCGGACUUCCGAGGAGAGGUUUUGGAGUUCCAGUUCAAGUUGCCGUUGAACGGUCUAAUCCUGGUCCUAUUCUUCAGCCUUGUCCUGCUUCUGACGGUGGAGUUCAGGGACUACGAUGGUACUCAAUGCAGCUAAGGAUUGAUGAAGAUGGAGAUGUUGCAGAUGAGUUCUUAGAAGAUCAUAACUGUAAGACUUUGCCAAGAAAAUGCAAAACAAAAGCUGCAAAAGUGAGAGGUUUAGUGAUAUCUUCUGAUGGGAAACUUCAGCCAUUAAUGCAUUGAACAACGAACACCAAGGAGAAAUAUUUACUGAUUAGUGUGAUUGAAUCAGAGAAAGACAAGUGAAUCUCUUUGGGGCUGUGUGAAAACGUGUGAGCAAUUGUUGGAGGUGUGUAGCACGACAAGUUGUAUACAGGACCUCUGAUUUAGCUUGAAAGAUUAUGUUUUUACUAGUUUAAAUUCUCACUGUGACUGAGUUAUAUACUCGAUGGUUAAUGUUAGUAAAGGAGUUA